AUGUCGAAACAACCUUAUCACAGUUUAAAUUCAUCAACGCCUUUAACAUAUUCAAAUCCUCAAACUCCGGGUAGUAACACGGAUGAUUUUUUCACAUCGACAAGUCAAUCAUUGACGACGAGGAAAAAAAAGAAAAAAUGUACCUGCAAAGGAUUGGUAUCGGGUGGAACGGUUAGAAAAUAUAAAAAAAAUUCCGAUCCCGAUGUGAUACCUUGGUUACGUGAAGUUAAAAAGAGAAAAGAAUUUAUUAAAAAACACAUGCGUCUCUUGAGAAAUUGUAAGGCAAUCGUCGAUGAUAAACCCCCCAAGUUAAACAUAUCAUCCCUUUACGAUCCAGAAUUAUUAAGUUCAAUAAGAACAGAUCUUAAAAAUCGUUUCGAUGGAAAUAUAGCAAUUGUUAAAUCACUUUUUGAAAUUUGUUUGAGACGUGGGAAAACCGACACUUUUUCAUAUAAUUAUGAAAAAUCAAAACCGACAAAUUAUUUCGAUCGUAAAAAAUUUGCACAAAAUAUUGAAAAUCAUAAUGUUCAAGUCAUGUCGACCAUAUUGAAAAAACCGGGUCCGACAUUGGAUACCGUUAAAAAACAUGCAGAAGAUUGGAAAAAAAUGGAAGCCAUUAUGGAAGGUUUAUCCGAUUUUCCACUUUAUUGGAAAGUUAAAACUGAAAAAAAUGUUAUGGAAACAAUGUCGCCUCCUCCAAACGUACAACAAUAUAUAACGGAUAAAUCUGCAAGAUAUUCCGAUAAGAGACCGAGAGUUUUUUUUGAAGUGUCAAUAAAAGGUUUUGGAGUCGUAGGGAGAAUGGUCGCAGUUUUGUAUUCGGAUUUCGUACCUGUAACGGUUAAAAAUUUUUUAAAUUUUUGCAAUUCAAAAAAUUCACUCACGUACAAGGGAAAUUUUUUUUAUUUAAUUUUUCAAAAUUAUUAUUGUCAAACGGGUGACGUGGUUGAAAAUCACGGUUUUGGCGGUACGAGCAUUUACGGACCUUAUUUUAAAUGUGAAAAUUUUUCUAUUAAACACGAUAGCAGAGGUGUUUUAACGAUGCAUCAAAGAACAACGAAUCGUAACGACAGUCAAUUUUUAAUAACAUUUAGAAAAUUAAUAUCUUUGGAUGGCAAACAUGUCGCGUUUGGUAAAAUCGUAAAAGGUAUUCACGUAUUAGACAUAAUCGAAAGUCUCGAUGCUAUCACGAAGAAUGGAAGACUCUCGUUUUGA